AUGGCGAUGGCGAUGGCGAUGGCGAUGGCGAUGGCGAUGGCGAUGGCGAUGGCGAUGGCGAUGGCGAUGGCGAUGGCGAUGGCGAUGGCGAUGGCGAUGGCGAUGGCGAUGACGAUGACGAUGUCAGUUCUUAUAUGUUUUUAUAUAAAUCAGGAUAAAAGUAUGACGUUUUAUGGCAGUGUUGACGAGGAUACUAAGACAAACAUAUUUAACAUACUGGGCAUCAAGGAAGGACCUUUACCAGUUCGCUACCUAGACAACUGCAAGUCUCCCAUUGCAGGUUCUAAGAAAGGUGACGAAGUAAAGGGGCUAGGUCAAAUCAAACAAUUCCUUAUCAAGUACGGUUAUCUCAACCCUUCCAUUAAUGUCGACGAAUCCGAAGUUCUAGACCAUCCCAUGGAAGAAGCUGUCAAGAAAUUUCAGCUCUUCUACAAUCUCGAUGUUUCGGGUGAGUUGGACGAGAAGACAUUGUCAUUGAUGUCGAAGCCUCGAUGCGGUUGCCCUGAUUUGGUCAAUGGUACUAUGGUCAAGCAUGGGAUGAAAAUGGUUCUAGACCAAUUAAAGGGUUCAUACUACGUGACCGGUACAAAGUGGCCAAAGCUCAACCUAUCUUGGGCCAUCAAGCCAGGAACUCGAGGGGACGCUUAUAAACCUAUUUAUUGGGCAAUUAGGAGAUGGGCGUUAGUCACUAAAUUCAAUUUUACCAAUAUCAAUGACUUUACACAAUCCGACUUGAAAAUUGCUUUCUAUAAACGAUCGCAUGGGGAUAGUGGCCCUUUUGAUGGUCCCGGAGGGAUUUUAGCUCACGCAGGGAUGCCACCUGAUGGCGGGGUCCAUUUCGAUGCAGACGAGAACUGGGUGAUUGGGGCACAUCCUACGGGAGUUGACAUAGAGAGUGUCGCGGUACAUGAGUUAGGGCAUUCUCUUGGACUCGGACAUAGCACCGUUAAAGAAGCCGUCAUGUGGCCAUAUAUUGGAUAUGGUGAAGUCAAACACAACUUGAAUGUUGACGACAUUGCGGGAAUCAAGGCCUUGUACCAUUUUUAA